AUGACUAAACUCCAAUUCACCGUCCUCGAUGUCUUCACUUCGAAGCCAUAUUCCGGCAACCCACUGGCCGUAGUUUUCCUACCGGAAGAUGAGUCCAAGGCGCUGACCCAACACCAGAAGCAAACCAUUGCCAAAGAAUUCAACUUGUCAGAGACAAUCUUCGUGCACCCAAAUCGGGAACAAUCCAAAAGAACAAUUGACAUCUUCACAACCGAUGCCGAGCUUCCAUUUGCUGGUCACCCGACCAUCGGCGCCGUAACAUGGUUGCUAUGUCUCGCUCCAGAUGCGCAAUCCACAGAGAUCAACACACUAGUGACGAAAUCCGGCGGCAUCGCGAUCUCACUAAUUGAUUCAGAGACGAAGUUCGUCUCGGCUAAGAUCGCACACAACACCCACAUUCACGCUGCACAAUUUAGCUUGCAAGAUCUGCUGCGUCUGCAGCCAGCACUGGCUGGUUUCUUCCCCCAGCAGAGUGUUUCCUUCCCUCAAUUCUCUUGUGUUAAGGGCAUGAACCAGAUCCUGGUUGAGCUGCCUUCUCUGGAGGCAUUGGCCGCCGUGACACUUAGCGCGGGCAGCAUCGGGGUCGACGCUCUCGACGAGGGCUGGAGAUUGGGCCAUGUUUGCCUAUACUUCUUUGUUCGCGACGUGGAUGACGAGAUCACUAAAAAGAAAAUUAUUCGAACUCGUGCAAUCGAAAAUACUAUGGAGGAUCCCGCUACCGGUAGUGCGGCUAGUGGAUUGACCUCUUACUUGACCUUGAUUGAAGGCCAGGCUGGUAAACAGCACCGGUACAGCUUGGUUCAAGGAGUGGAGAUGGGACGUCGGAGCGAGAUUGGGGUUAAUGUCACAUUGAAUGCCGAUAAGAAGAUUGAGCAGGUGGAGCUGACUGGUACUGCUGUUCAGGUGUCAGAGGGCAAGAUUUCAGUUCCCGAGCUGUAA